AGCUCUGAGUCCUUUUAGACUGAGCGAGAUUAUUAGUUCGAAACUUCUCCCAUGAUACCCGUUAGAGCGGGAUUCCCAUGGGAAGACUCGCGAAGAAACCGCGCCGUCGAAAUUAAUUUGGCACAUGUGUCUAUGCCAAUCAAUAUAUUUACAUAUGUAUAUACAUAUAUACAGAUAGUACGAAUAUUAUUGUUGGUCGAAUCCACAUUGAUUGUUGUUGUGGGAUGCCCAUUGAUAAAGACUGCGAUAGUGGAACGGGUAUUGGUGUAUUAAUUGAACCAUUUAACUAUGACAAAUAUAACCGCGAAUGAAAUGAAUGAAUCUGAAAAGAAACGGUUGGAGUCGUUGAAGCAGAAGAAGAAAUUAUUUAAAGCUAAGGAAUUGGCAAUAAAACAUGCAUUAAAGAAUUUGGAUAACAAAUCGAAUAAUAAUAAUAAAAUAAUAUUUGAUGAUGAUAUCGAUGAAGUUGAAGAGCCAAAAAUCACAAAAGUAGGGAAGAAGAGAAAGCGUGAGCUAUUCGAUGAUACUGUUGACGAUGAUGACGAUAAAGAUGGAUCCGCAUGGAAUAUUAGUAAUUUUGAAAAUCACAAGAAGGGGAAUAAUAUGAUUUUAGGAAACGACGCGAGAUUUAAGAUAGACGAACGUUUCAUGGAUGACAAUCAUGAACUUGAGACAGAUAAUGCACCAAAAGAUAGUAGUGAGAGUGAUUUGCAGAAGGAAAAGGAGAUGCAAUUAGAUAUCCUAGAAAAUAUCUUGAAAGUACCGAUUCAGAGCACGUUAAAAAAUAAAGAACUGAAUAAGGAUCCAAAGUUUGCAAAGAAACAAAUGAUCAGGUAUGAUCCUACCGAAAGAGACCACAAAGAGUAUGAGAUUGUUUCGGAGAAUGUAGAACUGGAUACGAAGAAAGUGAAAAGGAAGAAGAAAGCCAAGGAUAAUGUUGAAAAUAAUGUGGAAAGCACACCCGUCGAAGUAUCAAAAGAAAUUUAUUUCUCUGUAUCAGAGUCAUUAACAAAAACUUUACAGAAAGGCGGCGAGUUCAGUUUAUUAAAAACAUUUGGAAAAGAGGAAACCAUUGACAAAGAACAGCAAGAAUAUAAAGCGGUAAGAUUAGACUCGCCCAAAAAUAAGCAAUUACAGUUCAAUUUCAAUGGAAAAAAUCCAUUCAAAUACGACUCGUCUGACAACGAAAAUAACGAUGAAGAAAUUGAUUUAAAAACAGAGCAAUCGCCGGUAGUACCUAAGAAAACGAACAAGUUCUUUUUCGACACCGAUGAUCCACGUUUCAAUGACGCAGUAACGUUUUUCUGCGGAGAGUUCGUGCCGCACGAGGAGUUUAAAAAUCUGAGACAAGAAUUAAAACAAAUCGUACGUUCGAAGAUUCGUCGAAAUGUGAAGAAACGCCAACCGUACGGAUAUAAAAAGAAGAUAAUGAAGCAAAGUCUAGGGCGUAAAAGGAAACAUUAGGCAAUGAAAUUGAAAGGUUUAUUCAACUAGAUUUAACAUUUAUUUUUUUAAUGUUAACAUGAAUAUAUCAGAUUCGUACAAAUGUUUUUAUAGAGGAAAAAUAAAAUUCUGUAAAAAUAUAUAUAUACAUAUACAUAUACAUAUACAUAUACAUAUAUACAUACACAUGUUUAUAUCAUAUAAAAUACUCUACUAACGUGGAAUUCAUUUCUUCGUCAUUUAUCACUGCAUACCGGAUACUUAACAGUAAUUGUGAUGCAUUAUUGCCUGGUUCGCAACGAUUUAACGCUAUCAACCAAGUUUUUCGUUGUUAAAAAGGAAAAAUUCAAAUGCACCCGACAUUAGUCCUAUCUCCGAUGAAGAAAUUUGUAAUAUAUAAAAAUAUCCCUCUGACUUGAGAAUAAAUCAGCCUAUCCUUCCCGGUGAGAACAAUUACCUCUCCAUUUGUUUCUUCGACACCAGUUUAAGGAGCUGUAAAAAUAUAUCGUGCGGAAGUCCUCGUGAUAUUUGUUGUAUAUGCGUGUGCAAUAAAUUGUACGUUUC